GCUACUAGAAAUGUUUGACGUCUCUCCAGGUCAUAAUGUUUGCAUUGUUUCCUGUUUAUGACUAGUAUUAUACAACCCUGAGUUUCCUUUUCUCUCCCACUUGAGGUUUUCUCGAGUGCGUCUUUAUUCGACCGCGUUCGCUUUCAAUUCGUCUGUCAAAAUGCGACUCUCUUAUUUCCUUUGUUACUGUGUUCACUCUCUUUUUUCUAGCCUGGAAAUAUGGGUUUCUUGUUGAGUUUUUAUUUGAAAACUUUCCCAAUGUAGUAAUUUAUUUACCUGCUAUAAUGUUGUGUGAAGAGUUGGCUGGUUUGGUGCUGGAGGAUGAAGUGGAAUAUAUGGACACAUCUGACAGACCAUGGUGCUGGUACUACAAGGCAAAGUGUGGUGUCUGGCACAGGGUUGAGGAUGACCCAAAGGGCUUUAUGUCCAGUGAUGAUCUGGAGAGAUAUUACCUCAGAAACCCACAAGGUGUUAUAACCAUGACUACUACUGGAGGUCAGUUCCAGAUUAACUUUGCAGCAAGCACACAAGUUAACUUAAAAACUGGGAAAGAAAAACGGAUUAAACGCUCAUUUCAAACUGAGAAUGGAUUCAGAUGCAAAUGUGAUGAGAUUUCUCCAUCUCCACCAGCGCACUGGAAGGAUGUUGAUCCCAAAAAGCCUUAUCAGUUAAUCUCUCUGGGAAAAGGUGGCAGUGAAUAUCAGGCAGUGGAGAGAUUUGUCAGGGAUAAUGGCUUACUGCAUGAUCCCAUCAUAUCCAUCAAAAGAAUACAGAACAUGGACCUUUGGGAGCUGUUUUGUAGGAAAAAAAUCCAGUUGAUGAGGAUAAAAGGACAAUCAGAUAUUGAAGAGCAAAUGCUGUUUCAUGGCACAGAUGCAAAAAACGUGCAAUCCAUUUGCACAUUUAAUUUUAACUGCAGAUUAUCAGACAAGAAAAGAAGGGGACAUGUAUAUGGCAAAGGAACAUACUUUGCAAAACAUGCGUCAUUUGCUAACAAAUACAGCAACACCAGGCAGGGAACCAAAGUCAUGCUGCUUGCCCGCGUUAUUGUUGGGAAGUACAAAACAGGCCAUGAAGAUUACUGUACACCUAAUGAUGACCAGAAUGAAAACAUACAUGAUAGUUGUGUAGAUAAUACGCUCUAUCCCAGGGUUUUUGUUAUCUUUGAUUCCAAUCAGAUAUAUCCAGAGUACGUGCUUGAAUAUCACAGCAACUAAUUUAGAUCAAAAAUGAAUGCUGGGAGACCUAGAGAAUUUGUGUAAAAUGCCAGAAUGUUUAUAUAAUACAGGUUAAUAUUUUUGCAAAAGGUUUGGACUUAAUGGGAGUUUUAAUGGGAUUUAAUGGAAGUUUUAAAGAAGAUUUUAUGGAUUUAAAGGGAAGUCAUUUAAUGUUAUACUGUUUGAAUUUAACAUUUAUUUUCACCCAGAUACAGUAAACACCAUCGGAAGCUCACUUGAAGUAAUGAUUUCCCCUGCACUCUUGGUCAAGAAUCAUUCCAAAAAAAUAAUUCACAGAAUUGACCACCAAAGGAUCAUUAUGGGAGUAAAAGACACGUAUCCCAAAAAAACUGAAAGGUGCAAUGUUGAAACUAAACAAUACUUUAGCGUAGCUACAGUAUACACAGACUUCAUGAUUUGCCUCAUUGAUUUGAAAAAAACAGAGCACUUAUAAAU